AUGCACUCUCUGGCGCUCUCCAUCACGCGCGAACUCACGCGCUCUCUCACGCGCUCGCUCGUGUGCUCCCUCGCGCGCACUCUGGCGCGGACUCUCGUGCACUCUCCCGCGCGCUCUUCCGCACGCACGCUCGAGCACACUCUCACGCGCUCUCUCUCUCGCACUCUCUCUCAAGCGCUCCCUCGCGCUCUCUCAGGCGCCUCCUCAAGCGCUCCCUCACACGCGCUCUCGUGUGCUCUCACGCGCACUCUCACGUGCUCUCUCCCGUGCUCCCUUGCGCGCACUCUUGCACACACUCUCGCACGCACUCUCGCGCGCACUCUUGCGCGCUCUCUCGCGCUCUCUCUCGCGCACACUCUCUCGCGCUCUCUCAUGCGCACACUCUCUCACGCGCACUCUCACGCGCACUCUCUCACGUGCACACUCUUUCACGCGCACACUCUCACACGCGCACACUCUCUCACGCGCACAAUCUCUCAUGCGCACUCUCACACCCUACCUCACGCGCAAUCUUACGAGCCCCCUCACGCACUCCCACGCGCUCUCUCACGCUCACUCUCACGCGCACUCUCCUGUGCGUGUGCUUCCGUAAAACAACCCGCACUCGCGCACCAACCCGCGUUCACGCACCAACUCGCGCUUGCGCUCGUGCACCUGUCGCGGAGGGAGAGGCGACGGUGGGGAGGAGGGAGAGGCGACGGCGGGGAGGAGGGAGAGGCGACGGCGGGGAGGAGGGAGAGGCGACGGCGGGGAGGAGGGAGAGGCGACGGCGGGGAGGAGGGAGAGGCGACGGCGGGGAGGAGGGAGAGGCGACGGAAGGGAGGUGGGAAAGGCGACAACGGGGAGGAGGGAGAGGCGACGGCGGGGAGGAGGGAGAGGCGACGACCGGGAGGAGGGAGAAGUGACGGCGGCGAGGAAAGAGCGGCGACGGCGGGGAGGAAGGAGAGGCGACAACAGGGAGGUGGGAGAGGCGACGGCGGGGAUGUAAGGGAGAGAGUGCGGUGGGACGGAGUGAUUGUGAGGUGGGUUGAAGAUGUGACGGCGGUGGCUUAUUCGCGACGCUGCUGCACGCCUCGCUGUGCGAACCACCUGCCGCUAGCCGAGCGUGCGCACUUUAGCCAGCAGAAAACCGCCAAGGACCUGUUCGACGCAGUCGUAGCUCGCUACAGCUCGCCUGCCACUGCUGCGCUAGGCCGUCUCAUCCUGCCCUACCUCUUUCCUGACCUGUCCGCCUUUCCUACAGUCGCUGAUCUCAUCACCCACCUCCGCACUAGCGACGCUAGGGUGCGUGCUGCUACCUCUGCCGACUUCCUCGCCAAGAACCCUCCCCCUAUUCACUACACCCUCUACCUCCUAGUCACUCGCCUCCCUGACUCUCUUCGCGCUGUCAGGGACACCUUCCUAGCCAUGGACCCCACUGAGCUCACUAUAGACCUCCUCGAAAAGCACCUUACAGCGGCCGAGGUUAGCAUUAACGCUGUAGGCACAUCUCGAGGCACUCCUCGCACCCCCUUCUUCGAGGGGUGUUCCCCCUCUCCCCUCCUCCCCUCUGUCGCCACUGCUGCUGCUGUCGACCUCCUUGGUGCUGAGGAGGCUGGCGUUGCGCCUGCUUCCAGUGGCAGGCGCCGCAGCGGCAAGGCGAAGGGCGGCAGGGGUGGUGGGGGUGGAGGCGGUAGUGGAGGCUCGGGUGGUGGCGGCGGGGGUGGUGGGAGCGGCGGGGGUGGGGGUGGGGGUGUUGGGGUCAGUGGUGGCAGCGGCACUGGGGGUGGCAGCGGCGGGGGUGGCGGUGGUGGGAGUGGCAGCGGAGUCGGUGGCGGUGGUCGCAGUGGUGCGGCCCAGCGCGGCGGCUCUGGAGGCAGCCAGGCACAGCAGCAGCAGCGCCAGCGCCUGCCCCGUACGCCGCAGGACCUUCGUGAGUGGUACGCGCAGCGUCAGUCGCCUGGGGGUGGUGGUACCUGCCCGUAUGUCAUUCGUACGGGUGAGCGUGCUGGUCAGACCUGCGGGAGGUUGCACACCCAGCACCGCUGCUUUUCCCGCCUUAGUGACGCCUGGCGUGCUCAGUUUCCUGUCUGUUCUGAACUGCCCAACUGGGCUGAUCUGCUUAGGAGGGGAGUAGAGAUCUUUGAUCUUGACUAUGAUGCUAUCCUUGCUGCCAUGUAUGCAUUGACUGUUAGUGCUGAGGGUGACUGUUACCUGUGUGUUCCGCCAGACCCUGGUAUAGAGGCUGCUGCUCCAGGUGCUUGUGAGUCUGCUGCCCUUGGUGCUUGCGAGUCUGCUGCCCUAGGUGCUAGUGAGUCUGCUCUCUCAGGUACUGCGCCUACUGAGGCCUUGUACACUUUCACGCUAGACUCAGGUGCCUCCCGCUGCUUCUUCCGCGACAGCACCACAGUCACACCGCUCUCUGCACCGGAUGAGUGGGUUGACACCUUCACCCCUGGAGGACGUCGUGUGGCGAUCUGCACGUGUGCCCGCACGGGCCGCCACCUGGCCACGUUCACCCGUUGGUCUGGGUCGAGUCUGUACACCCUGACUGUCGGGUCUCCCCAGGUUGCUGCUACUGGUCAGGUGUCCUUGUCCGGACCGGAGUCUGCCCCUUGCUUGUGUCGUCACCUGUCGCACCAGACUCUCCUCUGGCACCACCGCCUUGGUCACCCCUCUCUGCCGCGUCUCCGCAGCAUGCACUCUCGUCUGCUUGUCUCUGGUCUUCCCCGGUCCCUGCCGUCACUCCCUCGCUCGCCUGCCCCGCCGUGUCUCCCUUGUGUCGAGGGGCGGCAGCGCGCCGCUUCUCACUCCUCCUCGUUUCCUCCGACAGACGCUCCCCUGCAGACCCUCCACAUGGACGUGUGGGGCCCAGCCCGCGUCCGGGGACAGGGCCGCGAGCAGUACUUUCUGCUGGUUGUUGACGACUACUCGCGGUACACCACGGUCUUCCCCUUGCGCAACAAGGGUGAGGUCCCUGCUGUCUUGAUCCAGUGGAUCCGCGCCGUUCGUCUCCAGCUUCGCGACCGUUUCCAGACGGACUUUCCCGUCCUACGUCUGCACUCUGACAGAGGUGGUGAGUUUUCCUCUGACCUCUUGCGGGACUUCUGUCAGGAGGAGGGCAUACCCCAGUCGUUCACGCUUCCGGCCUCUCCGCAGCAGAAUGGGGUUGCUGAGCGCCGCAUUGGCCUUGUCAUGGAGGUUGCUCGCACCUCCAUGAUCCAUGCGGCGGCUCCCCAUUUUCUGUGGCCGUUUGCGGUCCGGUACGCUGCGCAUCAGCUCAACCUCUGGCCCCGAGUCUCCUUGCCGGAGACCUCGCCCACACUGCGUUGGACGGGGAAGGUUGGCGAUGCGUCGCGCUUCCGGGUCUGGGGCUCUCGUGCCUUUGUCCGCGAUACCUCCGCGGACAAGCUCUCCGCUCGCGCCAUUCCCUGCGUCUUCCUUGGCUUCCCUACUGACGCGCCUGGCUGGCAGUUUUACCACCCCACCUCGCGCCGUGUUCUCUCCUUUCAGGACGUCACGUUUGACGAGUCGGUUCCCUUUUACCGUCUCUUCCCCUACCGCACUGCCUCUCUCCCCCCCCCGCCGCUCUUCCUCGCUCCAGGUCCGCCCCCGCUAGACCCCCUCCCCCCUCAGGGUCCUGCUCCUUCAGGUGUUUCCCAGGUAGACUUCUCUCCCCUGGUUGCGCCUGUUGAAGUUACUGGUGACUCUGGUGCUGCUGGCGGAGGUACUGCUGGGGGUCAUGAGUCUAGGGGUGCUCAGCUUGUGGGUGCGGGGCCUGAGGGUGCUGGGCCUGUGGGUGCGGGGCCUGAGGGUGCUGAGCCUGCGGGUGCGGGGCCUGGGAGUGCUGAGCCUGAGCGCGUGGAGCCUGGGGGUGCUGAGCCUGCGCGUGAGGAGCCUGGAGGUGCUGAGCCUGGGGGUGCUGUACCUGAGUGCGUGGGGCCUAGGGGUGCUGCGCCUGGGAGUGCUGAGCCUGGGGGUGUUGAGCCUGGGGGUGCUGAGCCUGGGUCUGGCCGGCGGGAGCCACUCUCCCCGCAGCAGCUGCGUGAGUGGUACACUCACUGCUACUGUCGUUCGCGUGGUGAUGCUGGUGCUGAGGGCUCGGCCACUGGAGCUGCUGGAGGUGCUGGAGCUGCUGGCCCUUCCGACGCUGCUGGUGCUGAAGGAGCCCCUGGUGCUGUUGGUCCCGGAGGUGCUCGUACUGGAGGUACUGGAGCUGCCGGGGCUGGUGGUGCUGGUCCGGGGGCUACUGGAGCCGUCGGUUCUGCCGCUGGAGACGCUGGAGCUGGAGACACUGGGACUGGAGGUCCUGGUGCUGGAGGCGCUGACGCUGGAGUUCCGGUGUAG